GCCUUUGUCCUUUUGACUCGCGUCACACACCGGCAGCGAGCGCUAAUAUCCAAGAUGUCGGCUACCUCCGUGUUCCCCAUGUGUGUGCGGGCAAGCCGGGGCCUCCUGCGGCUCCGGAGCGGGGCGGCGGGCGCCUCGACCCCGGCAGUGGCAGACAUCAUCCGGACGCUGUCCACGGACAAGUCUCCGGCCUCGUCGGGCGGUGCGACGGGCGGUCUGGCUCAGGCUAUCCUCCAGGAGAGACUCCAGCAGCAGCAGCAGAGUCAGGGCCAGCCUCCGCCUGAAGGAGGCGCUGGAGAGAAGGAUGGGGAGCAGACGGAGGACAAGAAGCAGAAGGAGAACACGGCGUAUGCCAAGAAGAUGGUGCUGAGGCUGGCGGGCCUGAUGGGGGUGGGAGGGGCGGUCAGUAUCGUCUACAUAUUCGGUACGAAUUCUGUGGACGAACAGGGAAACACGAUUCCAGACGAAUUCGACAGAGACCCUCCAGUCCUCCAACAGUUGAAAAGGACGUACAAAUACUUCCAAGACUACAGACAGAUGAUAAUCGAGCCGACGAGCCCGAAGCUGCUCCCCGACCCGCUGAAGGAACCGUACUACCAGCCGCCCUACACUCUGGUUCUGGAGCUCACUGAUGUCCUGCUGCACCCCGAGUGGUCGUUGUCGACAGGUUGGCGCUUUAAGAAGCGUCCAGGUAUCGACUAUCUGUUCCAGCAGCUGGCUCCGCUCUACGAGAUCGUCAUCUUCACGGCAGAGACCGGCAUGACGGCGUAUCCUCUGAUCGACAGCAUCGACCCUCAGGGCUUUGUCAUGUACCGCCUCUUCAGAGACGCCACACGCUACAUGGAGGGGCAUCACGUGAAGGACGUUUCCUGUCUGAACCGAGACACCAGCAAAGUGAUUGUGGUGGACUGUAAACGGGAAGCGUUCAGCCUGCAGCCCUUCAACGGCAUGGCCCUGAAGAAAUGGGACGGGAACUCCGAGGACCGGACGCUCUACGACCUUGCCAACUUCCUCAAGACCAUCGCUCUGAGCGGCGUGGACGACGUUCGCUCCGUGUUAGAGAACUACGCUCUGGAGGACGACCCCAUCGAGGCCUUCAAACGCCGCCAGGCUCAGCUGGCUCAGGAGGAGGAGCAGCGAUUGGCCGAGCUGUCACAGCAGAAGAAGCAGGGUUUGUCUUUCGGCUCCAUCACCUCCAGGUUCUGGCGCUCCAAGCAGCAGUGAGCCCCGCCCCCUCCUGCACGCUUCCACCAAUCACAGCCCGGCUCACCACCAGGCGUCGAGGUGAGGGGAGGGGCCGGAUCCCGGUCGCGUCGAGGUGGGCUGGAAACGGAGCGAGGACAUUGGCUGGCUUCCGCACCGCUUCCUGGUUUUGCGGGGGCGGGGCUUCGACGGCGGCAGCGUCCCUCCCUUGGUCACCUCGGUGUCACCUGAUGCGUUUUUCAAGCUGCUGAUUGGUUUAAAAACACAAAAAAAGAGACUAAGCGAGAGGAUCCGGGUCAGUUUAAAGUCUUGUCGUUGGCGGUUGGGGUCUGAUCCGCGACCAGCGCCGCUAUCGCCAUUCCGGCUCUGGUCCGGCCCGCCACUCGCAGGAUCUGACCUGAGAUCAGCGUCUGUCCUGUCCUUCAGAAUGUGUCUUUAUUUUAUUUUAUUUUAUACUCUGUGUGUCUCCGACUGACGGAUCAUGUCUGAAAAUAAUUAUGGUUUAUAAGUAUGAAACAAACUAUACGUAGUGUUGGUAAGAGUUAAAGGGUGUUGAAUAUGUCUGAGGGCACGGCGGCCGCAGCAUCAUGGACUGAACUUCAGCCGGCGGACAUGACAAAGACGAGUUGAGAUUAAUGCUGGAGGCAGAAAAAGAAGUUUGAAGUAGAUUUCUUCCUCCAUCCUGAUGUCUUUCAUUCACACAAUUAAAGGAUAAAAAUCAUCUGUAUUUUCACUUCUCUUAAUUCCGUAAAUCUCCAAGAUGUUCGGUUCAGUCUUUAAGCAACAACGAGGAACUUGUGCAAUCAUCAGGGACGGAUUCGUCCACAUUUGGUGCUCUGGUGAAGAUUUACAACGGCGGAUUUAAAGGCCCAUUCAAGGUUUCCACGUGACCGACAUGGAUCCAAACGGUCAUAAACCAGAAAGAACACUUCGUUCUGCGGCCUUGUUUCUUCUGGGAAGCACAUGGAGCGCCUGUGGAUGCGUCUAAAAGGCUGUAAUUUGGAAGUUUUUAACAGGACGAAGCAAUUAAUCGGCGAUUAAUGGUGGGCAAUCGCAACACGGGGUCUGGAGACUUCAGAACUUCAGAACGUCCCACUGGGUUUGGGCUCUGUUGAUGGAAAGUUUGUUCAAAAACAAAGAACCACCAAAGUCCUGCUUCAGUUCCAACACUGGUGAAGAAGGAAGAGAAAUGUGUGAAGAGCCGUGAGCUUGUAAAACUGGGAAGUUAUCGAGUUCCAAGUUUAUAAAUCAAACAAAACGCAAACACAAACAGAUUCUCACCAUAUUGGACCUUAUGGCCCUCACCGGAGAGCAUUGUGGGAAUUUAACUAGCAACGGGCACCAUGACAAAGACUACUGUGGUGGAUAAUGACCUCCGAUCAAAGCUGGAACCUGGAUGAUUUGUUCCUACUGGCUAGCUUGUAAAACUAGGAUGUUAUCUAGCUUUAGAGGGCCUUUAGACAGCUUUUACUUGAGAACUUUAAGAUUCUAAAUCAUACAAAAACAACCAGAUUUUUACCAUACGGGACCUUUAAAUCAUCGUUUUCUGGCUUUCACCGGACAGAAGCCUCAUCCAAAGGAGAGCCGUUUGUACAUCCAGAAACAUGUUUUCGGCUGCCGGCCGCCUCACGCUGUGUUGUUGAAUACUGUUGUUGAUGUGAAUGUUCCUUCGACAAUAAACCAAACGAUCAGCA